CUGGCAGCACAUCCCUGUGAAGCCCUGCCUUCUGAGAUGAGAUAUAGCCUCCUGCCGGAUUACAGCUCAUACGCACCCAGUGAAGGUUUUAUUCUGUUUGCAUGAGGAAAACAUCGUGUCUGAAAGCUGUCACAUGGGGCCAGCAAGGAGGAAAAAAAAUCGCUUCCUGAAAUGAUCCUCGUCACUGGCUGAGUGUUGUUGUGUUUUUUUUUUUUCUCUAAUGUAAUCUCGCAUCGCGCUUAAUUUUCCAUCCGGAUCUUUUUUUUUUCUGACCGACUGUCGUUGCCGAUGAUGAUCAGCAAAGUUAAAAACGCGAUGUCCACUCUGGUAGGAGGGAUGAUGCCGCACGGACACCACCACCACCACAACCAUCACUCAGGUGGGGGCCAGACCUGCGGACCGGACAGCCUGCCGCCGCGCUUCCCUUACGGUCGGCCGGAUUUCUUGGACCUCACCCCGGAGCUCCUGCAGUACUCCACCGAGCACGCAUCACGGCCGGUUCUCACGCUAAAGAGAGGCAGCAGGCUUCCCUGGACGACGGGAUACGCAGAGGUGAUCAAUGCAGGGAAGAGCAUGCUGAACGAGGACCAGGCCUCCUGUGAGAAACUGUUUGUGAAGAAGCCGAGCGGCAAACACCGGAACUCCACUCUGCUGGAGGACAACGGGGAUGGUACAGGAAUUCCUCUCCACUUCUGGGGGGUGUUUGAUGGACAUGCAGGUUCUGGAGCCGCCAUCAUGGCCUCCAAACUUCUUCACCGUCUCAUCAGAGACCGUCUGGGAGAAAUCUGCCACCUGCUAGAGAAUCCCAGCAGCGCACCUCCGAUCUGCUUGGCCAAGAACGGCAGCCCGUACCAGGCAGAGACAAAGAAAGGAGCGGCACAGGAACCGGAGGACCCAGACGCUGUCAACGACUCCUCAGUGCGCUUUCACAUGGAGAAGGUUGUCAGUUUGGAGAGUCUGGUGAUGGGAGUCAUAGAGACUGCCUUCAAACAGAUGGAUGACCUAAUUGAAAAGGAAAAAACGUCCUAUGCCAUCUCUGGCGGGUGUUGUGCCUUAGCUGCCAUGCAUUUAAUGGGGAAACUCUACGUAGCCAAUGCUGGAGAUAGCAGGGCCAUAAUCAUACGAAAUAAUGAAGUUAUUCCCAUGACUAAUGAAUUCACACCUGAGUCCGAGAGGCAGCGGCUACAGUAUCUGGGCUUCCUGAGGCCAGAGCUUCUGGGUAAUGAGUUCACUCACAUUGAGUUCCCUCGUAGGAUCCAGCACAGCGAGCUGGGCAAAAAGAUGCUCUACAGAGACCACACCAUGACCGGCUGGGCUUAUAAGACAAUCAUUGAAGAUGAUCUGAAAUUCCCCCUGAUAUACGGAGAGGGGAAAAAGGCUCGUGUCAUGGCGACAAUCGGAGUGACCCGUGGGCUGGGAGAUCAUGACCUGAAGGUGUACAACUCCAACAUUUACAUCAAGCCCUUCCUGUCAUGCGUCCCUGAGGUGAAAGUUUACAAUGUGGAUGAAAACAAACACGGCCCAGACGACGUCCUGGUCAUGGGUACAGAUGGACUGUGGGACGUAACGACGGACAGGGAAGUGGCAGAUGCAGUGUCAGCCUACUUAUCCUGCUGUGACCCCUCUGAUCCCAUGAGGUAUACACUGGCCGCCCAGGACCUGCUGAUGAGGUCUCGAGGGGUGCUGAAAGAGCGUGGUUGGCGGCUACCCAAUGACAAACUGGGCUCAGGUGAUGACAUAACUGUAUUUGUCAUCCCACUGGCAGGGAGUGAGUCAGAGACAUGAUGAGGUGUUGCAGCGACCGCUAUGACAGAGCUGACUCUUCAGGGUCCUUUUCCACCGUCCCUCCAAGCUCCCUCAACCCUGGACCGACGGGGCAGCGGGAGAUAAAAACACCAUUGCUGAGCUGACCUGUUUUCUCAUCCGACACAUCUCAUUGUACCGCUGACUGUGUUAACCUACAUGUGAUUCAUAAAACAAAAGUGAACCGAAAUGAACCUUCGUCAUAGGGGAGACUCGGGUCUGAGCAGCACCUCCAUCGACCACUAGAUCAGACUCCGUCCCAGUUGCUUCACUUCAACCGAACCCAGGAUCCCAUCUCCCUCGGUCUCAGUCAUGUAACAAAAGAUUUUCAGUGACAUUAUAAGAGAAGUCACAAUCUGUGUCUCAGACCUGCUGUUUGUGACAGUUGCCAGUGAGAAUUAAACCCUUGUAGUAUUUUUGUUCCCUGUUUAUGUUCAAGGCUGGACCGCUUCUCAAACUUUUCAACAGAUUGUUCAUUUUCAUGUCAUCAUCUAAAUGUGAGUCUCUUUUGUAAAAAAAAAAACAAACAAAAAAACAACAACAACAAAAAAAACAAUCAUAAAUUGCAAAAGGGAUUGCAGUAGAGAAUGUGAGGAAACCAAAGAGAUGCCGGGAUGGCAUGAGGAUGGAAAUCUGUAAAAAAAUAAAAUAAAAUAAAAAAUGAUAAUAAUAAUAAAUGCAUAAAAGAUAAAAAAAUAAAACAAAAAAAAAAGAUUCAUGUAUGUACAUUAAAGAAGCAUGGAGGAUGUAAAAAAAAACAACCAGAGGGAUGGACCUUUACAGCACUGGACCCACACAGAAUCAGAUGAGUCCGUGUUUCCUCUGUUGAUGUAAUGAUGAGUGAAUGGCGACGCCUGAGGCACUUGAAGACUGUUGCACAUGCUCUUUGGUAGCCUGUUGAUUUGUGAUAUCUUCUUAUUGAAUGUGCUCAUAGAUGAUUUGCUUUAUUUUAUGUCAUCACAGUGAGGAGAACAGAGGGUUUUACAUGUGUUCAGUAAAAGAAAAAAUUCAUUUUAGGACGUUUUGUUUGUUUAACCCUCGGAGGAGAAAGUAAAUUGUUCUCCAUAAAUGUGUUGGUAUAGUAAGAUGUGAUAAACUUCACACAUAUGCCUUAUUAAGAGCCAAGAGGGACUCCAGAGUUUGUUUUUUUUCAGAUGCACUAAAUUUGAUCCUUGUAGAAGUGGCAAAGAACAUUUUAUGCCCUUAAAUGUACCGUAUACCUCUUUUGUACCAUUUUUGUUAUGUCACGUUGUUAUUUAGAUUAUCCAUAUAUUUUUAAAGACAACUUUGGUUGUAAGCAGUAUCAGAAGUUUUAUUUUUUAUGUUUCUAUCCAUACUUGUUUGUUUAGAAAGAUGGUGUCUCCUAGAAUUUGAGCUACUAAAAUGUGAGGUAGAGGGAUGAUAUGUACCAGUUCAGAAAUAAAUCAGAUUUUUCCCAUUU